AUGUCUUCCCAACAAGCUUACUACAAUAAGGGCUAUAAAAAAUCCAUUUCGGAUACACACGCCACCAGAACUGUGGACAAUUCAGUCAGAUACAUCACCAAAGUACUUAAGCCUGAAUUCAAAGUGUUGGAUGUUGGUUGUGGUCCAGGAUCUAUUACUAUUGACAUUGCCAAGAAUUACUUAACUGAAGGUGGGUCGAUUAUUGGUGUUGAGCCAACCAAAGAAAUCAUUGAUACUGCCAACAAUUUGAAACAAUCAAUUGCUGCUGAUCUCGACAACAUUUCAUUCCAAAUUGGAUCAAUUUACAAUUUGCCCUUUGAAGACAAUACUUUUGAUUUAGUCCAUGCACACCAAGUUAUUGUUCAUUUGGAAGAUCCCAUAAAGGCAUUGAAGGAAUUGGCAAGGGUUGCCAAACCAGGAAAGUUUGUCACUGUGAAAGAUGGUGAUUUGGAGUCAAUGAUUUUUGACCCACCCAAAUACGAUGUGCUUGGAAAGUAUAACAUCAUGAGUGCUAAGAAUAGGGGAUCAACUGAUGUGAAAUCUGGCAGAAAGUUACUCAGAAGAGCAAUCGAAGCUGGUUAUAAAUCCAGCAACAUCACCACGUCUUCAUCGACAAUGUUAUUCACGGGAGUUGAAAAGGAGAAGCGCGUUUGGGGUGAAUUGCUCAUCAAGAGGGUGGAAGGCGGAGGUGAAGUUUUAGUAGCAGAUGAUGAGAAAAAGAACGAGGAGCUCAAACAAGAAGUAGUCAAGACACUAAAAGAGUGGAAAGAUGAUGAGACAUCGCUUUGGAGUGCAGUCAACUUCGAAAUUACCUACAAAAAGCCAGAAUAG